CCGGCGCGCGCGGGGGCGGCCCCGGCCCCUCAGCCCGGCCCCGCUCCGGCCGGAGCCGCUCCUGAAGCGGAGAAAAGAGAAACCGCGAAACAGAGCUUUACCUGCUACUGCCUCAGCCCGGGGCCGCUCCGGAGAGCGCUCCUGAACCUGAGAAACAGAGCCUCAGCUGCUACCGCCUCAGCCCGGGGCCGCUCCGGAGAGCGCUCCUGAAGGAGAGAAACAGAGCCAUUCCUGCGGCCGCCUCAGCCCAGCCCGCUCCGGCCGGGGGCUCUGGGUCAGCUUCCCUGGAGCAGCCGGAAAAGGGGAGUCCUCCUCCUCCAGACCGCGUUUCGGGGAGAGGAAGAAGGCUUCUUUGUGGCAAUGCUGGAUCCUUUAGAGAACAACUUGUUUGAUCUUCCUGAUUAUGAGAACACAGAAGACGAAACAUUCCCACCUCUUCCCCCUCCUGCCUCUCCAGGAAGAGACGAUGCAGAAUGGGCUCAGGCUAAUGGAGAUCCAGAUGGAAACCAGCAGUCCCGAACAAAGGAUUCUGCUGUGACCACACAGAAGGCAGUAAAGAGACCAAGGCCUAGAUUAGAUGCCCAAAGGUUAACUUCAGAAAGAGGGCUCCCAGCUCUGAGACACAUGUUUGACAAUGUCAAGUUCAAGGGCAAAGGGCACGAGGCAGAGGACCUGAAGACACUGAUCCAACAUAUGGAGCACUGGGCUCACAGACUGUUCCCAAAACUGCAGUUUGAGGACUUUAUUGACGUAGUGGAGUCUUUGGGAAACAAAAAGGAAGUUCAGACCUGCCUCAAGCGGAUUAGACUUGAUCUUCCUAUUUUACACGAAGACUUCAAAAAUAAUGAAGAAGGAGAAGGGGCAAGCAAUGGGCUGGAUGCAGCUGCUGAAGAUGCACAUUCCCACUGUGGCAGUGCAGAGGAGCCGAGUUCCCUGCCUGGGCCGAGUCUGACGGAGGAGCAGCAGGAGCGGAUGAAGAAGAACCGGCAGCUGGCCCUGGAGCGGCGGCAGGCGCGGCUGCAGGGCCUCAGCCAGUCCCAGCACCAGGAGCUCCCCAGCAGUUAUUCAGAAGAGGAGUUUGACAGCCCAGUUGCUCAGGAUCCCCCUGACCUUACUGAAGACACUCAGGUUCCUGCAGCCAAGGAUGCUCCCACAGAAGAAGAUGGAGAUGAUGAAUUGGGAUGUGCCAGGGAAGAGCAGUAGCUCCCCACACCGUGAAUGCCUUUCUUGACCAAAAGACCCCCCUGCUUUAAGUACUGUCAUUGUACUGAAAUGUUGCUGGCUCUUGGCACUCCAGAAGCUUCAGGGAAGUCUUUCCCAUGGCACCACUGAAGGACAGAACUCUCCCCUGGAAGCUGCAGGGGAGCAGCUCCGUAUUCCAGGAAAGAGAACAAAGUUCUUCAGCUGCACUUGAGCCAUCUUUUCCACUUCCCAAAACGUUUUUUAGGAAAUGUUUAUGAGUUUUUGGACCUACUUUGAAUAUAGUUUAUCAUUUAUAUUAAACUAUGAACUUAAUGAACUGGUAUGUUGAUGGAUUAAGUUGCUAUUAAAGGUGUGUUUGGGUUUUUUUAACAGGUCUUUUAACAGGGCUACUGGAUUUUUUUUAACUGCUUAUCCAUUACUUAUAUAUUUUUCAUAUAAAAUGGAAGCUAUUAUCAAACCUGAAAUUCUUGUAUGAGGCUGCUCCAAGGCCAGGGCUCCCACAUUUCCCCAUCCCUUGGGUCAGACAUCUCUCCCCAGACAAGCACCUCCCCUCAGGGAAGGAGACUUUCCUUGUCCUGAUCCUGCUCUGCUUGAGCCUCUGCUUCAUUCUCUUUUUAGAGUCCUGGUUUUCCUUACAGAGCAGCUUUUCUCUUUUUAGAAUGAAGAGGAAUCACCCCUUCUAAUAAAGGGGUAAAAAGUACUGAAUUUCUACACACUGAAUUAAGGCACUACCCUCAGGGCAACAGGUGUUACUUUAUGAAGGAAUUUGCUUUUUAUGUCCUUGUAGGGAAGAAGGAAGUAUUUAGGUUUUAAGAACUUAAUUUGUGGACAACACGAGCAAAGUAAUUUUUUGAACGAUUUUUGACAGAAUUCAUAGCACACUGUCUUUAGUCUGAAAUAUGAGCUUUAUCAGGUAUAAAAUAUUUUCAUAACUCAUCCAUACUCAUAAUCAGAUAAAAAUAAUUCUUAUUUAAAAUAGACAUUUAGCUUCUUACUGAAAGGACUCUUGAAUAUUUAAAUAAACUGCUUUUUU